GAUGUGUUGACAGUCUGCAGAACGACGGAAGUUGCCUGCAUCCUCAUCAGUAAACUUAUGGGUGUGUUUCAUGCUGACACCCACUAGAGAGGAGGGUUUGGGAAUACUGGCCUCCAUGUUAGCACAUACCUGCCCCAGCUGCUAUGUCCUCCACCUCCAUGUCAGCAUCUACUGGUUGUGGUGGUGGUGAUGCUGCAGCUGCCAUGGCAACCCAGGCGUCGGAGCAGGCUCUGCUGGCCUCAGAUCGCUACGCCAGACUCAUCCUGGCCCAGAUGAACAAGAUGCGGCUCCGCACAGAUUUCUGUGAUGUGGGUCUGAAGGUGGGCAGCCGGGUCUUCAUGGUCCACCGCCUGGUGCUCGCUGCUAGCAGCCCUUACUUCUCCGCUCUGUUCUCCGGGGGGAUGAGGGAGGCGGAUAAAGAGGAGGUGCAGAUUCUCGGAGUGGAGACUCAAGUGUUUGAGAUUCUCCUGGACUUCAUAUACACAGGCGUGAUCAGUGUGACGGUGGAGAACGUCCAGGAGCUGAUGGUGGCGGCGGACAUGCUGCAGCUGAACGAGGUGGUGUCCAUCUGCGGAGGGUUCCUCAAGGGCCACAUAGACCCGUCCAACUGUGUGGGCAUCUUUCAGUUCCUGGAGCAGAUCGCCUGCAUGGAGAUGCUGGAGUUCACAGAGAACUACAUUCAGGUUCACUUUCUGGAGGUGUGUGUGACCGAUGAGUUCAGGGGCCUGUCGAAGGAUCAGCUGGUGAGGCUCCUAAGAAGUGAAGAGCUGAGGAUCGAGGAUGAGUACCAGGUGUUCACGGCAGCCAUGGACUGGGUCCUCCAAGACAUGGCAAAGAGGAAAAAACACGUAGUGGAGGUGUUGGAGCCGGUGCGCUUCCCUCUGCUGUCCCCACAGAGACUGUUCAAGUACAUCGAGGGUAUUACCGACUUCAGCCUGCGGGUGGCACUGCAGACUCUUCUUAAGGAAUACACUGAAGUCACAAAGUCUCCCAAAGAGAAUAAGAUGUACAGCCAGCUCCAACCAGCCAAGAUGAGACCCAGAAGAAAAGCCAGAAAAUACCUCUAUGCUAUAGGGGGCUACACUCGGCUGCAGGGCGGCCGCUGGAGUGACAGCCGCGCGUUGAGUUGUGUGGAGCGCUUCGACACCUUCAACCAGUACUGGACCACCGUGUCGUCCCUGCACCAGGCCCGCAGCGGGCUGGGGGUGGCCGUAUUGGAGGGCAUGAUCUACGUGGUGGGAGGGGAGAAAGACUCGAUGAUCUUCGACUGCACUGAGAGGUACGACCCGGUGACCAAGCAGUGGGCCGCCGUGGCGUCUUUGAACUUCCCGCGCUGUGGGGUCGGCGUCUGCCCCUGCCACGGAGCUCUGUAUGCACUUGGUGGUUGGAUUGGCUCGGAGAUCGGGAAGACGAUGGAGCGAUACGACCCGGAGGAGAACCGGUGGGAGGUGAUCGGAAGCAUGGCCGUCCCUCGGUACUACUUCGGCUGCUGUGAGCUACAAGGCUUUAUUUACGUGAUUGGAGGCAUCAGUGACGAGGGAAUGGAGCUGCGUUCGGCCGAGGUGUAUGAUCCCAUCUCUCGCCGAUGGAGCGCUCUCCCUGUCAUGGUCACGCGUCGGGCCUACGUGGGCGUCACCUGCCUCAAUAACUGCAUUUACGCCGUGGGUGGCUGGAACGAGGCGCUGGGGGCACUGGAGACGGUGGAGAAGUACUGUCCAGAAGAGGAGAAAUGGAUGGAGGUGGCGUCGAUGUCCACUGCUCGUGCCGGCGUUUCAGUGUCAGCGGUCAACGGGAUGCUGUACGCAGUCGGGGGCAGGGCGGCCAGCAGAGACUUCUCCGCCCCGGUGACGGUGGACUCGGUGGAAAUCUACGACCCUCACCUUGAUACCUGGACGGAAGUAGGCAACAUGAUCACUAGCCGCUGUGAUGGAGGGCUGGCUGUGCUUUGAGAAGCUAAACAUUUUCAAACUGUGAACAGCCAUGUCUCCUACAAACAGCAUAAACUGAAGAAAAGCGGCACCUUAAGGUACACAAAAGUGUGUUUCUGCCUCGAAUAGGCUUUACGUUACACGUUACAACGUCCUAAAACGUUUCCAUUGGGAGAAACGUGCUGUAAUUUCAAAAACAGUGCAAAUAAAGAAUAACACAAAUGUGCCAAAACACAUGCAAAUCAAAAAAACAUCUUCACCAACUUGACAUGCCCAGCGUUUACUAAAAGCGCUGCGUAAACAGAUCGCUGCAAAUACAAAGCACUGAAAAUAAAAAAUCGCUGCAAGAGUCUCAAAACACAUGAAACGGACUAUCUCUGCAAGAGUUAAAGUUGGCCAACUUCAUAUUCCUUUUCCGUUGUGUUUGGAGCUUCUUGCAGCGUUUCGUCUACAUAGCGCUUUUAGUAAAUGCUGCGCAUGUGUUGUCAAGUUGGUGGAGAUGUUUCUUCAUUUGCAUGUGUUUUGGCCCUUUUGUGUUUUUAUAAUUGCAACGUUUCUGAAGCUGCAGCGCGUUUCUCCUAAUGGAAGUGAUUUGGGCCGUUGUAGCGUGUUUGCACCUAUGAGCCACCGUAGGUCACACGUUUUUUUUCACAUUCAUUAGGCAUAUGACAGCGGAUUUCAUACUGGAAAAACGGCCAAAACGGCUACUUGCCUUUGUCACAAUUUUUAUAGUGACAAUUUUAUCCACUUGACACUUUUACAAGAAAGUCAGUUCCCAUGUUGUGUAUUCAAAGACAAAGCGAUCCCUGUGAUAAGGACCUUUUUUCACAGCGAUGGAGUCCUAUUUUGGAUGGACGGACCUGAGUUUUUUUCUUUCUACGUGGAACAUUCCUUAGACAAGAUGUGAAAGCACUGUUUUUAUGUUUGUGUUUUCUCCUUAUUUUUUCUUAAAGAAAUGUUUAAGUGCAUUGCUACUCGGAAGACUGAUCAAACCACUUGAGCCUAUUGUAUUAAUGGAACCGAAGUUCCAUGGUAAGUGAUUCCUGAACAGCACACCACCGUUAAUAUUCACUGGAUUAUUUUUGUAUAUAUAUCAUGUGAUUCUGUUAAUAAUAGUGCCUCUUAGUCACUGUGUACACUCGAAAAGAGAUCAUUUCACUCAUCAGUGGCAUCUGACAUUACUACGAUAUUGCAAUAUUAUUAUUAGACGUAGAAAUGUUUUUACCUUUUCAUGGUAAUUUAUGUCAUCAUUUGCAAGCUGAGUGUACAUUUCCUUUCAUGUACGGUUCUCCCUUUGCAAACAGCAAAAUAACAAUGUUACAAAACAUCUUUUAGUGGUUGCUUUUCAGGCUGAAUAAACUUCACAAAGAGUUA